AUGUCAAACUGGAUCUGUCAACAAAAAAUUGAGAAAAGAACAGCUAGCAACGUUAAGAGAUAUAUUGAUCAUAUUUUGUAUCCAGUAAAAUUUGGAGUUGUUGGAGAUAUAUCUUUAUCUAGUAUCAAUAAAUAUAUGAAAACUUGGGGAUUCUCAUUCAGAAAAUUUACUAGCACAGUUUAUGUUGAUGGUCACAAAAGAGAAGACGUUGUCAAGUAUAGAGAAGAAUGGUCACAGCAAAUGAUGACAUAUAAAAAAAGAAUGGAAGAAUAUUCGGGAGAUAACAUGGAAGUUGUUGAAGAGCCAAAAGUCUUGCAUGGUGAAAAGAAACUUGUCUUGGUUACACAUGACAAAUCAACCUUUUAUGCAUAUGACAGAAGAGAGAAAAACUGGCUGGACAACAAAGAAAACCCUUUGCCCAAAAAAGGUCAAGGGCAAAGUAUAAUGGUCAGUGAGUUU